ACUGGCCUUUAUGAGGUAGCUGGGGGCAGACAUGCCCACCCCCACGCUGCACGCCCCCAAGGAGGCUGCCCUGGCAACGGUGACCAACCUUUAAAACUCAGUGAAAACACUGAAAAAAUAGAAAAACGCUGCCAGUGAGCUGCUCUGGGGGGCUGUCAGCUCUGUGAGGAAUGUUUGACCCCAGCGUUUUGGAUGUCCCAGCAGUAAUCUUUGACAACGGGUCUGGAUUGUGCAAGGCGGGGAUCGCAGGUGACGGUGGCCCAAGGUCAGUUAUCACAUCCAUUGUCGGUCGCUCGAGAGUCAAAUCUGCAAUGCUGGGGGCUGGGAUGAAAGAAUACUAUGUAGGAGAAGAAGCUCAGUCUAAAAGAGGCAUCCUGACUUUGAAUUAUCCCAUUGACCACGGCAUCGUUACAUCCUGGGAUGACAUGGAAAGGAUCUGGAGACACGUCUAUGACUACGAGCUGAGAGUGAAAGCCAGCGAAAGACCCGUGCUGCUGACAGAACCCCCCCUCAACCCUCUGCAGAACCGGGAAAGAAUGACGGAGAUCAUGUUUGAGGGCUUCAUGGUGCCCGCCAUGUACAUCGCAGUCCAGGCUGCGUUGGCCCUCUACGCGUCAGCCCGCACCACAGGCAUAGUUCUGGACAGCGGGGAUGGCGUCACCCACACCGUCCCCAUUUACGAGGGGUACUGCCUGCCCCAUGCUGUCUCCAGGCUGGAUAUCGCUGGCCGGGAUAUCACCGAGUAUUUUAUGAGGCUCCUUUUGGAGAGCGGAUACUCUUUUGUUAGCACUGCUGAAAGGGAAAUCGUGAAGGAUAUCAAAGAGAAGCUGUGCUACGUGGCUUUGGACCCAAGUCUGGAAAUGAAAGCAAGUCCAGAAGAGAUCAUGAAAGAAUACAGAUUACCUGACAGCAACAUCAUUCAGAUAGGCAACCAGCUGUUUCGUGCACCAGAGACCCUUUUCGUACCUGGAAACAUCGGCAUUGAGGCGCCUGGUGUGCACAAAAUGCUCUUCAACAGCGUCACAAAGUGCGACAUCGAUGUGCGCAGGGAUCUGUAUGGCAACGUGUUGCUCUCGGGAGGAUCCACGCUCUUCCCUGGCCUGGAGGAGCGCAUCCUGAAGGAGCUGCACCUGCAAGUGCCUGUGGGCAUGCUCGUGAAAAUCGUUGCACCCCCCGAGAGAAAGUACAGCGUGUGGGUCGGGGCCUCCAUCCUCUCCUGCCUGACCUCCUUCAAAUCAAUGUGGAUCACUGUGAGGGACUACAGGGAUUUUGGGGCAGCUGUCGUCCACAGGAAAUGUUAAGGAGAACAUCAGGCCAUGUGGAUGUCUUCAUAGCAAAGCAUGAACAACAAGCCCCGAUGAGGGCUGACUGAGCAGAAGGGGGCUAAAACUGCUGCUCAUUUCCCGGCUGACAAAUCCUUUGUGGAAAUAAAACAUGAAAUCAUUGCUAA